CAGCGGCACCACAGCUGAGCGAGGCACGCAGACGUCUGAGAGCAACGGAAGAACAGGGACGGAGAAGAUGUUAACCCAGGAGUCAAAUCAUCAUAAAGACUGGAAUCUGUGCAAAGAGGACGAGGACACGAGGCAGUGAUAACUGUGAUCAGUUUUGGAGAUGAACAGCUGCAAACAGUGGGAUGUGAAGAUGUGGACAUUGAUGGGAGUAGUGUGUCUGUGCCACUGUGUCUUUGGACAGCUGUUUGACAACAAAAUGAAAGGAGCACCUCGUCUGAUCUGCAGCGUCCCCGGAUCACCCGGCCCACCUGGCAAACCAGGCCACAGCGGGCCUCCGGGAGCAGAUGGGAAUGCGGGUAUCCCAGGAAGAGAUGGUAGAGACGGCAGGAAGGGUGAAAAUGGGGGAAAGGGAGAAGAAGGCUUAAAGGGCAGAGUCGGCCCAACAGGUAAAAUUGGAGCUCGAGGUGAGCGUGGCCCUGCAGGUAAAAGAGGCCCCACAGGAGAGAAUGGAGACGUGGGGUUGCUUGGUCCUGCUGGUCGUGAAGGAGAUAAGGGAGACAAAGGUGCACGAGGGACACCUGGAACUGCAGGAACAUGCAAGUGCGGCAGCCUGCUGCCUAAAUCCGCCUUCUCUGUGGGGAUUACCAGCAGCUACCCUGCAGAGAAAACUCCCAUCAAGUUCAACAAGGUGCUGUUUAAUGAGGGCGGGCACUACAACCCACAGACAGGGAAGUACAUAUGUGCAUACCCAGGCAUUUAUUACUUCUCCUAUGACAUUACACUGGCCAACAAACACCUGGCCAUCGGUCUGGUUCAGAACGGUCAGUAUCGCAUCAAAACCUUCGAUGCCAACACGGGGAAUCAUGAUGUAGCAUCAGGGUCCACUGUGAUGUACCUCAACCCAGAGGAUGAGGUGUGGUUGGAGAUCUUCUUCAAAGACCAGAAUGGUUUGUUUGCAGACCCGGGCUGGGCUGACAGCUUAUUCUCUGGCUUCCUUCUUUAUGCAGAUUCUAACUACUUUGACACACUGGCAGAUGAGUAUUCAUAGAUCCUGGAAAGCACAUAACAGAAACUGCAGGUCAAAGUUGUUUUAUUACACAAAGGUCAAACUCUAUUUUUGUACAAGUGUUUGUAUUGCUGUAUAAUAUUUUAUUACUAUAGAGACAUAUCUACUGAUUUGAAAUAGUAUUGUUUCAUUAGCUUAAUAGGUCUCUGAUUUAGAUGCAAGAUCGAUUAUAAUAAAGAAUAAAUAUUGUUGACACAG